GCGCAGGUUUUCCUCCCUGCCAUUCCGGCGGCGGUCAGAGGGACGGAGCCGGGGCGGCGGAGGCGGCCUCGCGGUGCCCCCGUUCCAGCGCGCCUGGCACCGCCGCUGCCGGCUGGAGGCGGCCCGUACCGCGCGGCUCGCGGUCGCCGCCGGCGGACCGCCAGUUGCGCGGUCAGCACGGCCCGGCGGUGAGCAGUGCGCAGCGGUGCGGGAGGAAGAGGGCCGUGGCACUCUGUCAGAUCGGCCCGAGACGGGACUCGUGCUCAACAGAGGCCGUCGGCGGACGAUGUGAGCCGGCGGCGGACGGUGCGAGACUGUCGGCCCUCCAGCAGCAGCAGCAGCAGCAGCAGCAGCAGCAGCAGCAGCAGCAGCGAAGGAGGCCGCCCUCGGACCGGGCGCCGCGUGCCGGUCACAGCAGCUCUGCACGCGCCGCGCCGCCCAGGCCGCCGGAACAAUAGGGCCCCGCACGGACGCCGCCAUGAGGAACUCGGCCAUCCUGCGGUGGACGCAGAACAACAAACUGCUGCAGCGCUCCAACUCGCAGGGUAGCAACACCAAGGCGCCAUGGGUUCACCCAGCGGACGCCAUGAAGACUGGACACAUCGCCUACCUAGUGAAGUUUCUGGGCCGAACUGAGGUCGAUCAGCCCAAAGGCAUCGAGGUUGUCAAGGAAGGCAUCCGGAAACUACAGUUCGGCCAGGAGAUCAAGAAGUCGGAGUGCUCCAAGCUCCCGAAGCGAGAGCUCACCAUCUCCAUCAAUGGUGUAGCGAUACAGGACCCCAAAACCAAGGAAAUUCUAUACCAGUAUCCGCUACACCGAAUAUCUUACUGUGCUGACGACAAGGGGGAAAAGAAGUUCUUCAGCUUUAUCGCAAAGGAGGCCGACAAGGAAGUGCACUCAUGUUUCGUGUUCGUCAGCGACAAACUCGCGGAAGAGAUCACGCUAACCAUCGGGCAGGCGUUCGACCUGGCUUACCGUCAGUUCCUGGACUCGUCGGGCCGUGACCUGGAGAACCGCAAGCAGAUGAUGAUGCUGCAGAAGCGGCUGGCGCUGGCCAAGGCGGAGGCCGAUGAGCUGCGCCGCCGGCUGCGCGACGUGGCCGAACUGGCACCGCCCGCCGCCGUCCACAACUACUGCCGCCAAAAUCUGAUUCUGAGUCUGCUGGACGCGUCUCCGGCCAGCCCUGCACGGAAUGGCGACCACGGUCCUGACGCGGGCGGCGGCGGCACCACCACCAGCAGCAGCAGCACGGGCAGCAGCGACGGCAGCAGCAGCGGCAACAGCAGCGGCAGCGGCUCGCCGGCCCCGCCCGCCGUACCGCCGCGCAACGCCGACAGCUCCGGCAGGGCGAGGGAUUCGGACGAAACGACUCCUGCGGUUGGGACCAAAUUGGAGGGCCUGCUGUUUGAAGAUCUGGUCGAGCCAACACCCGCCACGGACAUCUCCCUGCCUCCGCCAGCCAUCGCGCCACCGCCGCGGCCCUCGCAGCCGACCGAAUCCAAGGACCUGUUCGGAGCAGAGCCGUUCGCGCCUUCCGCCCCGAUCAGCCAACCACCACCACCACCGCCACCGCAGCAGCAGCAGCAGCAGCAGCAGGACCAGGACCAGAGCUCUGACGACCCGUUCGGCAUGGGCAGCUUCCAGGGCUCGCCGGGGGAGAUUGAGAACGCCAUCGGUCUGCUGGACAGGCGGCUCAGCGAAAUGAAGGACGGCUUCAGCCGAGGUCUGUCCAUUGGCAACGACGACUUCUCUCUGGACGACCUCGACCCUCUGAAGAACUAGGCCGCGCGCCGAUGGACGGGUGAAGGCGGUCCCGGAUCGAUCCCGUGUGCGCACCGGACUUGGGCCGGGGAGCUGCCGAGUUGACCUGAUCUGGGCGGCGUACCGUCGCCCUGCAGACCGCCGGUGGCCCUCUCCGACGGCGAGUCACCAUGGACGAAUGGUGGUCUGUGGCUGCAGAGCUGCGUCUCAACUGGGGAACUGGGUGGGGGAGGAGGGCGAGAAAGAGUGUGAGUGCGUGAGUGGGCGAACGUGAGAAACAGACGAGAGUGAAAGGAAGAGGGAAUUAGGUAUCGAGAGGUUAUGCUAAGUUCAGUGGUGGACAACAGCAAGGACCUGUUAGAAAUUCGUAUCACUAGUAAAGUUGUGAACUGCUUCAGCACAGGCAGAAAGUACCAUGGCGUCAGUUUUAAACGAAACGCGCCACACAGAUUAUUGAAUAACCCCUUCUUCGCGUGCGAAACAUAUACCUAUGUCAUUAAGUGCGUCUGAAAGCGCAAGGUGAUAAUGAAUAAGUGUAGGCAAUAAUAUAUAUGUAUUUUGUAGGCCUGUUGUGCACAGAAGGCGCUGAAAGAUUAUCAUAUGUAUUCGUGAAAUACAUACUAUCCUUAUGGUAUUGCCAAUACAAGACUAUUGUGUUGGAA